AUGGCAGAACCAAACGACUGCACUGUACCUUCCUCUUUCAUGGAGGCCACAGGAGCCACGAAUGUUGCGCCCAACGCCGCCACGCCAGCUCGUCAGCAAAGACUUUCCCUGAUAGACCUUCCAUCGGACAUAUUGAUCUUGAUACUAGAACAAGUCUGCCAAUACUCUGGGACAAUCAAGCCUCUGCUGCAAUGGGGAGACUCUAAGUUCUUCCUGAAAGGCCAGUCAGUCGCUAAUAUUCGGCGCGCAAACCCCCAAUGGCGGAACAUCGUACCAGUGGCUCUCACAGCGUUCAAUGUUGCACUGGUCUGCAAGACUUUCAAAGAGUUCAUAGAUGACGGAAACUUGUUCUACAAGCUGAACAUUUUCGAAUUCGACAUCUACCAGACCUUGGUCGACUAUCUGAAGUCCCUUCCACGUCGUCGUCGACAAGCCGUCCGCCACAUCAAGCUGAUUUGCGAUCCAACCCAGAAAUUCGGCUCUCCUUGCGCCAUGUUAUCCACCUUAAAGGAUCUACGAUUCUUAACUUUAGACAUCACCUUGUUGGCUUCCUACUUUGUCAGAAGCUCGCAGGACUACCAUAUACUUGCGUCCCUACGUGGGCUCAAGAGAUUACGUUUGGUCUACCAAGAGAAUGACGACUCGGACCUUCUAGACACCGUGCUCCAACUUCGUGGAGAAGACAUGACCGCAGGCAAAAAGAAGCUGCUGCGGAAAGAGAUCGAAGAAGUCGAGGUUGCCUUAAACAAGCAAGUCAAAAAAACUCGACGUAUUACUGUAUGGUCACUUCUAAGUCUUGGCGACUACGAUCGGGCACUCAGAAAAUCGUCGGUGAAAUUGGGCGGCACGACCCAUUUGCGGACUAUAUUAAGCCGUAUUUCUGCUCGGGAAGCCUUCGACCAAUCAUUUCCUGCACCAACGAACAUUACUUGGGAGCCGAGCGAUCAGGACAACGAGAACUGGCCCAUCGAUCCUGCGGCAAAUACAGCAUGGGCACCCGGCGGAGAGUGGUCGCAAGAUUCAACCCCGAGAGGCUGGUUUCAAUCCCUCCUACCACCAUUCCGAAGAUACUCAGGCUAGUCUUUAAGACGCCAGAUGGUGUCAGGUAGUCAUGGUUCGUGUGAGUUAUCCUUUUUG